CCCGAUGUUCUAGGAGGGCAAAAAUAAGAAAAGCCAAGAAUGAUCACAACCAUAUGGAGGCUCCUUUUUCCUGAGAGGGAAGGAGAGAGCGAGAGGGGGAGAGAGAGAGGGGGGACGUUCUGGAAGGCUGACGAGAAGGAAACAUUUGGGACGGGGAAAAAAAAAAGAAAGGUGGAAAGAGAGUAAAGAUGCCUGCCAAGGGGAUGAAACAUCAGAAGAUAAAGAUGAUACAAGAAACAUGAGGAAACCGAGGAAUGCGGCAGCUCACAUAUGUGUGUGUGUGUGUGUGUGUGUGUGUGAGGGGUAAAAUGUGUUUUUCUAUUCUGGAAUUUGAGGGCAGGGUCUGAGGGUAGGAAACCGGAGAGAAGAAGGAGAACAAGGAAGCAGUCUGCUGUUCCGCACUCCGGUGGCGGAUUGGAGCCGCUCGCAAGACUUCUCCCGGCCAUGUCCGCCGUCUGGAAUGUCCAGUCACUUCCUCUGUCUGCCCGGCGCUCCAACGGAGGGUUGUCCUCCCUCCCUCCCUCUGCCCUGACAGCACUCCCAGGAACCCGCCGGGGACCGAGCCAGCCACCCCCGACGGGACGCCGCUGACGGGAACAUCCAGCAUGAGCGCGAGACCCCCGGAGUCGCCCGCAUCCAACUCGGACACGCUGCGAAUGGAACCUGGGCUCGGACGAAGCGAAGGCGACUGCAGUCAUCAGCUCGGCUUUUUGGAGGGUUUUCCCAUUCCCCGUUCCAUAUGGCAGCGGAGCCGGGGAGUCAUUUGAAUUAGUCUGGUUCCUGUUGCAUGCCUGUCUGGUUUUCAGCGCUGACCGAGUCCAUCCUGUUUGUUUCCGCCCCUGCCGUUUGUUUGUUUUGCCGCUCUCGGUUCCCCUUUUGCUGUUGUUUGCACGUUUUGGGACAAGACGAGGGCUUGUUGUGUUUGUGGUGGAGCUUAAAGGCAGCGGCACCGCCUCAGGGCCGGCUGCUCCAUUCAGACCUCCCUCCCUCCGCCUCCCUCCGCCCCCCUCCGCCGCGCCGCUGUGAUGGUCCGUGUUUGUUGGAGCAACACACCCACCCGGGCGCAGCGGCUCUCCGCCGCGGGCUGAAACUGUGUCUCUCUCUGCAGCCGCGUCCUAUCAGAAAGCUGCACUGGAGCUUUUGCCCAGCUCACCAUCGGGUUGCCUGUUGAUGCUUUAUUCCUCCACCGCCACAGGAUGUGCGACCACCAAGGAACUGUCAAGGACCCGGGAAGUGCUCGCCGGUGUAUCGUGAAGAAAGGGAUCAUGGGAAAGUUCUAAACGCCAGCAGUACGCCUCAAAUCAAACUCUGGCGCCGAAAAACAUGGACGGCCCUCCGCCGGCUUAAACCCCCCCGGGUUAAGUUCAUCGCCUUAUGUGGAUUAUUUUUUAUGAACACAUCUCCCGACGUCGAUCGCCAUGGCUACGGCGGCGUGGUAUCACCGUGACAUCAGCCGCGUGCGCGCAGAGGACCUGCUGGCACGGGCAGGGAGGGACGGCAGCUACCUGGUGAGAGACAGCGAGUCCGUGCCAGGAGCCUACGCGCUGUGCCUGCUGUUCCAGCGUCACGUUCACACCUAUCGCAUCCUUCCCGACGCAGACGGCCAUCUAGCGGUGCAGACGACACAGGGGGCGCAGGUAAGCUGCUUCCGGACCCUGGAGGACCUGGUGUUGGGGUACCAGCAUCCCCACAAGGGCCUGGUCACUCCUCUGCUCCACGCUGUCGCCCGGGAUGCGGACGGCGGGGAGGAGAGCUCAGAUGACGAGAAGCAGCCCCCGGGUCCGUCCUCGGUCCACGCUGUGCCUUCCGCAGCACCGCCGGCAAAACCAGCACCUCACGGCCUGUUUCUGGAUGCGCUGCGGGAGCGGCACACAUCCAGCGCCGCGGGUGACGUGAUCGAUCUACUCAACGACUACCUCUUCAGUGAGCUGCCUCUUGACAUUGAGAAUGUGCACCAAGGGGCCACGACUCUGUCCCACCUCAAGCGUACUCUGGGUACUGCGUGCCAAGGCUUAAACAGCGAAAUUGACGUGACCCUCUCAAGCCUGGAAACCCUGGCCAAGGUGUUCGACCAUCCGAGCUGCUCUCUGACGCACACCAAGAAACAGGGCCCUGAGAUGGAUAUCGACAGUCUGCUGUGUAAGGUUUCAGCUUUGGUCAGCCUCCUUUCCUCACUGGAGAAAAAGGUGUUACAAGCGUUGCAAGAUGCGGUGACCAAUCACAAUCUGGCAGUGCAGCCUAACCCCGCCCCUCCCGAACCGGCACCUGUCAAGAACCAUGCCGGACAGCUGCCAGUUCACUCCUUCCAGGUGAAGAUGGUGAGGUACGGCAGACAGACGGUUUCGGUGGACGUGGACGCGGGAGUGCUGCUCUUCGACAAGAAGUCUGGUUCCUUUGGUGUAGAGAGGGUCUCGCAUGACAGAAUCCUUCAGAUCGUCACCUUCCAGAGCAGUCCGGCAAAGUUGCGCAUGAUGGUCGACAGCCGCCACACGCCGCCGCGGGAAAUGACGUUCGAGAGUGCGCGGAAGCGCGACGCGUUCUGCCGACUCCUCCAGCUGACGAAAACCAGGCACUCCCAGCUGAGGGAACCCGACGUGAUCUCCGUGUUUGUCGGCACCUGGAACAUGGGUGGUUCCCCUCCUCCCCGCAGCCUGCGGUCGUGGGUCACCUGCUGCGGUUUGGGGCACACGCCGGACGAGUCGACCGCCUCGCUCCCGCACGACAUCUACGCCUACGGGACUCAGGAAAACCCUCAGGGGGAGAGAGAGUGGACGGAACACAUCAAAGCGACCCUUCGCAGCAGCACGCACAUUGACUUCAGACAAGUGGCAGUACAGUCUCUGUGGAAUAUGAGGCUGGCUGUGUUUGUAAAGCCGGAGCACGAGGGCCGCGUAAGCCAUGUGCACACAGCCAGUGUGAAGACCGGCUUGGGAAACACAUUGGGAAACAAGGGAGCUGUCGGCAUCUCCCUCCUCUUCAACGGCACAUCUUUUGGGUUUGUUAACUGCCACCUGACGUCUGGAAGUGAAAAAGUCCUGAGGAGGAACCAGAACUUUGUGGACGUCCUCAGACUUCUCUCUCUGGGCGACAAACAGCUCGGUGCCUUCGACAUCAGCCUGCGCUUCACCCACCUCUUGUGGUGCGGAGACCUCAACUACCGACUCGACUUGGAUGUUCAGGACAUCCUGAAACACGUCUCGAGGAGAGAGUUCGAGGAGCUCAUGUGUGCCGACCAGCUGACCAGAGAGAGACACAAGAGGAAGGCCUUCCUCAAUUUCAAGGAAGAGAAGAUCGCAUUUCCACCCACAUAUCGGUAUGAGCGGGGCUCCAGAGACUGCUACCUGUGGCAGAAGUACAAGACUUCAGGAGUGCGAGUUAAUGUUCCGUCGUGGUGUGAUAGGAUUCUGUGGAAGUCCUACCCAGAGACACACGUCUUGUGCACUGCAUACGGUUGCACGGAUGACAUCUUCACGAGCGAUCACUCGCCCGUUUUCGCCACGUUCCAGGUGGGAGUGACGUCCCGGCUCGGCGGCAAAGCAGAUACGCACGCAGGCGUGGAGAAGGCCUGGAUAGAGCUGGAGGGCAUCGAGGCCAUCGUGAAGACGGCGAGCAAGGCAAAGUUCUUCAUCGAUUUCCAUUCGUCUUGCCUUGAAGAGACACGGCGCUCGAGUGAGAACGACUCCCAGAGGUGUGAUGUUCCCGGAUUUCCCAAACUGGGCUGGUCCUUCAAACAACUGCCCAAGCUUCUUCCAAUCAUGUCUGACAUGGAGUAUCUUCAGGAUCAGCACCUGCUGUUGUCUGUCAAGUCAUGUGACGGGUUUGAGUCCUACGGGGAAUGCUGCGUGGCUCUGCGCUCACUCACCGGCGCAUCGGAGCAGUUUGAGACCUGUUUGAGUCACAGAGGCGAGGAGAUGGGCUCCAUAAGAGGACGGGUCAGGGUCCACGUGCCCAAGGACAGACGAGGAACUCGGGAGAAGACCUACGAGUGGUUCUAUUUUGAGAAAGAUGGCAAAGGUCCCGAAAGGGGACAAAUUAAGUCUCCUGCGUCUACAGGAGCCCCAAUAAACAGGACCGUGGCAGCUCCUGGCAAACCAACACCGAGCAGCUACACCAAUCCAGCCUACUUCAUCUUCGAAGGGGUGUCGGUGCCCCGCAGGGUGGAGGAGGCUCUCCCUCAGCGUCGGGACUCGCUGGUGAUCUGGUCUGGAAAUGAGGCCUUGCAGCUCCCGAAAAUCUCAGCACGUAAGGAAUUCGACAGAGGACCCUGUCGCAGAUCAGAUUUCGCAGAAAUUGAAAUUCCAGUCGUCCUGCCCCAGUACGCUCCGGCCAACAACGUCCAUUCGCCACACACCGGCUCCUCCUAUCAGCUUUUCCCGGCUAAGGACCCAUCGCCCGCACCCCCGACCUCAAGCGACGCCACGUCUCUUUACCAGGACCAGACCUCACACACCAGAGACAAAUACCAAGGGGGGAAAAAAAUUGUUGAUGACUCCGUACUGCCCGAAAAGAACUUGAGGAACUUGUAUAUGAAUCACACAGCAAUCAUUAGGGAAAAAGCCAGAAGGGAUCAACAUCAUCAUCAUCAUCAUCAUCAUCAUCAGCAGCAGCUUCUCCCAGAAAGGACCAAACCUGUGUGGGCGGCCGAGGCGCCGUCAGCUGUCCCCUACGUUCCCGCUCAAUCGCCACAUUCUCAGGUCUCUGUUCCCUGGAUGGGGGAUCAGCAGCUGCCGGGACCUUCGGGAGACAACUCCCUCACUGCUUUGCAAAUGGCAAAGUCCCUCAGUGAAGUUGACUUCUUCCCGCCAGUGCAGAGAGUGCCGUCCAUCCCCGACCACAGGCCCAGUUACAGGAACGGCCCCACCUUGCAUGGAGAUAGAGGCUACAGCUGGGAGAAAGAGGUGUCGGUGCUCCAAGGGGCACCAGAGACUGUGCGGGAGCUUCUCAGUGCUCUAGGUCUUCAGAAAUACACCCUGGGACUCAGCCUGAAUGGAUGGGAUGAUCUGGAUUACUUCAGCGGCAUCACUGAGGAGGAUCUACGCGCCGCAGGAGUGACCAACCCUUCGCACCGACGCAGGAUCCUCGAGAACCUGCCCAGCAACUGGAACUGACCCACGGGAAGGAGUCCUAGUGCUCCCCGGGCCAGAGGCGCCAGAACCGAGGUCUGAAAGCGGGCCGGACUGAGUGGAUGCCGGUCGCAUCGGCUGUACCCUUUCACCCGCCCAAUCGAUGGCGCAACGUGGGUUUGUCUGCGCCGACACAGCGCAGGAAGUACCCGUCGGCACAGUCUGCUCUAUUCAUCCGUCCGUCUUGACGGAUAAUGAAAGCGCCGGGUGAUGUGGAUGGAAAACUUCAUUUGUAUCUGCAGUUAUUGACACAAGGGCUCAUUGAUUUAGCUUCAAUGCUUUUUUAAAUGGCUAUGAAAAUACAGUCCUUUCAUUUCCAGUGUGCACUCAAGGUUAGUGUUUGUCGUUCACCUUCAUCCCUUCUACUGUGUGCUUUCCAUUACUCUGCGAUUAUUGAGCCUGGAUCUGAGCUUGUAAAAGCCUCCUAUUAAACCUAUGGAGCAUAAAAUCCAUAGCUGUGUACAUCUACCGGAACAGCGUCUGUAAAGUUGGUAUAGAAGGACCUGCAAUAUAUCGGAUUGUGUUUACUGUCUCAUAAUGUCGCUAUCAUGUCACUUAAUCAGUACCAAUGUCCACUGUGCAUGUUUUAUGCAUCCAUUUAUUUUAAGUGCAUAAAGCGAUCAGUGUUGUUUAAUGGUGUCUUAUUGCUGGAAGAGAGAAAUCACUUUGAGUCGAUCAUCGGCAGAGGUGUAGCCGACUUACUGCUCUAACAAGGCAAAAGGAGAAAUGCAACAAUAUUCUACAGAAAAAUAUUUAACCCAUGGGGCUAUUAUUUGCUAGAUACUUUGCAUAUCCACAGCUAAAAGAUGCCACUCAACACUUUGUGUCACUAAGUCGAGCUAAAUCAUUUUCAUCAAGUUGCAGCAAGAUGUUCAGCUUACUGCGGAGAGAAUAUUCAAUGUGUUUUUGAGUGUUAAAAAACUUAAAUAAAUGGGAUUGCAUUAGUUCUA